AUGUAUGAAAAUGAAAUAAUUGAAUAUACAAAUCGCCAUAAAAUGGAAGAAACAACAGCUAAAGUAUUUGCUCGUUUACAUCAAAUGAAAAGUAUUCUUUAUAAAACUAUUAAAAAAACAUCUUGUGGUACUAUUGCUAAUCAUAAUGGUAGUUAUUGUUCACCAAUAAGUGAUCAUUAUGAUCAACAAUCUGAAUCAACAAUAACAUCAUUAAUUGAUAAUUCAUCCGACGAUACAAUUUCAUCGAUUAGUGGAGAUUCAAUGGAUUCAGGUGUGUCUGUAUUAAGUGACUUUUCACACUAUUCAUUAUCAUCAUCAACAUCAGUACUGAAUCGAACGACAACAACUACAAUACCAAAAUCAUGUCAUUUGAGGUGUGAUCCAUCAAUCAUUAAUUAUAUUUCACAUAAUCUAUUGACAACUCAUCGUUCAGAACUUUUUCUCGAUGAUAUCGAUGAUCAAAAUAUUGACGAAACUUCAUCUAUACAAAUACCAUUAGCAGAAAGUAGUCGUCGUAUUAUACAUGAAAAUGAAGAAAAUGAUCAAACAAUUGUUGCUGAUGAUGAAGAUGAACAUCCAGGACCAUUAACAUCAACAUUAAUUGAUCGAUGGUAUUCCGUAACAAAAACUUACUCAGCAACAUUUCGAGAAGAUUUAACUGUUAGAAAAAAUGAACUUGUACAAGUAUUACGUUCAACACAUCCACAUUGGGCUUGGGUACGAAAUGAACAUAGUCAAGAAGGAUUUAUACCGAUUGAUUGUUUGAUUGUUUCCUAA